GUCACUCUGCAGGUGAAGAACAUGGAGAAGGUGCAGCUUUGGCUCCUCAUCCUCGCUGGCCUCUCGGGAGCCGUCACCCAGUCAGAUCUCUAUGGGCAGGUGUUUGUUUUUCCAAAGGAGUCUGCUGAUGCCCACGUUAUCCUGAACAUGAAUAACAGUGGUCCUCUGCAGACCUUCACCGUGUGUCUGAGAUACUUCACUGACCUGACCCGGUCCUACAGCCUGUUCUCCUACGCUACCAGGGCCAGAGACAAUGAGAUCCUCCUCUUCAAAGAGAAGCCUGGGGAGCUCAUUCUGCACGUCGGAGGCGACCUGGUCACCUUCAAAGUCCCAGAAGGAAGAGACACAAGCACUGGGUGGGUGCAUGUCUGUGCCAGCUGGGAGUCCGCCACCGGCAUAGCCGAGCUCUGGGUGAACGGAAGUCCCUUACCCAGGAAGGGGCUGAAGAAAGGCUACUCUGUCAGCAACCAGGGUGUGAUCAUCCUGGGGCAGGAGCAGGACUCCUUUGGGGGUGGAUUUGAUGCCAAGCAGUCAUUUGUAGGGGAAAUUGCUGAUGUGUACAUGUGGGACCGUGCCACCCCAACUGCUGCAAUGCAGGCUGCCAAUGACAAUUCGCAGCUGCCCACCUCCAUUGUGGGCUGGGGUAGUUUGCAGUAUCAAAUAAAGGGUUAUGUGGUACUGAAACCCACGCUGGCAUAAGGUCCUAUUAAAAUGCAGUCUUGCCUUGGGAAAAGGGGCCUGGCCAUCCAGCUCCAAACCCCAUUGGUGCAUGACAGAGAAUAGUGAUGCACACAGUCCAGUGGCAUCUGAGCAAAACUAGUGUCAACCUCUGAUCUUGUGAACCCUGUGGGCACAGUGUGAAAUCCACCAAUCCCUGGUGUUUGUGUCAUUUGGGCAUUUACCUGUGUCUAAAGCCUGGUGUGAUUCUGUAUCCCAAUAAAUGAGCUGAUUUGCCCCUCUGCAGCCUGUGGUGUAUUGAGAAUCCCAGUACAGCUCCACUGGGUACAGUCUAAGAAUGGGAAUCCAGGUUGUCCAGGUUGUGACCCGCUGUGUCAGAGGGCUCUGAGAAUUCUGGGUUCCUAAUGUUCAUGGCCACCACAGGAGUCAGUUCUUCUGUGUGAGAAUCAAACAAGAGGAUCCUGUUCAAUAUUAAUACACACACAGGAACCCCACAAAUAGUCCCCAUUCCAUAGUGUUACAGGAUCCCCGGGGUACAACCUGGAACUGGGGUACCACUGUGCCCCUUUAACUCUCCAGCCUGGGCUGUCUCUCACAAUGCUUUGCUAGUAACAAGCAGCAAACCCCUCUAAGCACUGUUAUCAUUCAGUACAACAGCACAUGGAGCUCCGCACCCAACUAGACUGCAUGAAUGCUCCCCGAGCCACUCACAAAUCACACAGAGAAAAGUACCAGCAAUCUCCCAAGCCCACAGCCUUGCAGCCCAAAACUGUACUGUCUUGUCGUGGUCGGAAGCCUGACCAGUGUAAAUUCCUUACCCAGUC